GGGAGGUGGCGGGCUGGGCGCUGAGAAAGAUGCGAGAAGCUCAACGCUUCAUAUCGGUGCAUACGACAACGACGUCCGUACUAGACACACGCUCGCUCCCUCGCACUCAAUCCUUCUACACUCGACGACACAAGCAGUAGUUUCGACAAGUAGCACGCAGGGUGAAGAAGAGGAAGAUAGAGAGACAGAGAGAGAUUGAAACGAACUUUGCACAAAAGUUUCAGAAAUAGAAAACUUUUUAGAAGCAAGAGAAAAAAACGUGGACGAAUAAUAAUAUAUACCGAAUAUUAUAAAACGAAUUAAAUGAAAGAAGGGGGCCAUCAAGAUAUUAUUAGAAGUAGUUAUAUAUUUGUAUCGUCGCCAUCUGAGUGUGGGAUGUCAGGAAGACAGUCAGCUGGUCCACAAGUGUUGUGUGAGCUACGCCCCUCCCAGAAGCAGUCACUCCGUCUGAAGAUGCCACAUGAAUAUUAAUACCGUCGAUUAUCAUAAUCCUGUCUGCCUCUCAGUUUAUCUUAUCAUGCAGAUUGUGGCCUAACAGAGAAGUAAACAUCUGGCCCAAAAAUUUGUUAGUUACAACUCUGAAACUUUCCAUUUCUUUUAUAUUCGAAAUUUAUAAAAGUAAUGUGGAAAGUUGUGUGCUGGAACUCGAAAGUUGGACAUACGUGGAACAUAUAAGCAGUUUAAUGUGACAAUGGCUGAGGGACUAUGGUGUAAACGUUUGUUUCUCGUUUUGAGGCGAGAGCGUCACAUCUGUGCAGUCAGGACUGAUUUCCUGUUGGUGUAGGCCUAAAAUAUAUAAAAUGCGAAUAUCUUGUGUAAUUCUAUUGGUACUAUUGGUAUUUGGGAACAAUAAUUGCUUCUGAUUUGGUUGCUGAGGACAAGGAAUUCAUAAUGACAAGAUCUGGGAAUAGUGAAGUGCCUCUACCAGCGGUUUAUAUUGCCACUCUUGAUUGUGAGGAUCACACUUCCUUACCUCCGCGUGCUACAGGAGACGACGACCGGUCCGAAACUACUUCACCACUCCUACAAGAUCCGUUUCCUUUGAAUCCAAAACAUGAUAAGGAAGAAAUCACUUUAGAAGAUAAUUCUAACACGACGCCACCGACGCCAUGGUUCAUGAAUCGUGGCCUCAGCACCAUUUCUGUAGUCAUCAUUAUCCGUAUCACCACCAUCUUAUUUCCAUCCGUAUGGUUGAAGAUUGGAGUUUGAUCGCAGCUGUAUUUCUUUUGGACGAGAGUGUGAAGAAGUUUUGGGAACUUGUGCUGCGGCUGAGACUGGUGAUUUAUAUGGUGAUCGUGGUCGGUGUAGGGAGUGAGCGAUUCUGUAUAUUUUGAAUACUAGAAUAAUGAAAGAAGUGGUGGUUGUAAUGGUUCCUGGUGGUUGCUAAAUUUGCUGCUGCCAACUCGCCGUCAUAUCAAGUUGUUCGUGUCGCCAGGAUGCCCGUGAGCACUGGAGCCGCCUCGUCCUCGUCCUCGACCGCUGACCGCACCAAACGUUGCAAGCACUGUGAAGAGUCCGGGCACCGGUUGGAUAGCGGGAGUCUGUUCUGGAGGAUCCAGCUUGACCAGGAUCUGCUGGACACUAUUAUCGCCAUAUACCCGGAGUGGUUCAAGGAUUACAACCUGAGUCGGGUUGGGUCGACUAUGGCUGAAGGAGGGAGCGGCGGAAGUGGCGCCGCCCCUGAUACCGGACACACUAACGGCGGCCAGCCCACCGCCCCCAACAGCACCGGCCUACUGCCCCUAUCGCCUCCAAAGUCUGAGGUGGACGAUUCUCCACUCCAGAAAUCCAUGGACAAGAACAAGGAGUCACUGAAGGUGAAGCUGAUGUUGCGGCGGCCCAUCAACCAGUUGGUGGCGCAAGGAAUCAUGCCGCCGCUGAAAACGCCGCCAGCAUUCCAUGAGCAACGUCAGAAGCUAGAACGUGCCAAAAUGGGCGAUCUGCUCAAGGCAAAAAUUCAGCAACGUCCUGACAGGCAAGAACUUGUUAGACAACACAUCUUAGAAGCCGAUAUGGGACAUGUAGAUCCUUCACUAGCAGAGAGACAGCGAAUGCUGAAAAAGGCACGUUUGGCAGAUUCACUAAAUGACCAACUGUCACAUCGACCUGGUCCACUGGAACUCAUCAAGAAGAAUAUCUUGCACACAGAGGAACCUAUUGAAAGGGCAGUCAAAGAGGGUGUGAUACCGUUUAAGGCAACAUGUGAGGGCCAGUUAACAAAACCUCAACAUCCAAAUCGCUACAUUACGUUCGAAGAAGAUUCUCAGAGUUCAGAAGGGGCACAGUCUCCUCAGCAGACCCAAUCUGCAACAUCAGCACCAGAAGUAAGACAACAGUCAAAUGUAUUAGAAGCAGCGGCAGCGUCAGCUGGAAUUGUAACCGUUGCCUUGACGAUCCCAACCACAGGAGGAGCUGUUGUCGUUACAUCAGCAUCCCCGGCUGCGUUUGAGCAAGCUGUUGCAGCAUCAGCAUCGUCUAGCAUGGACCACCAACAGCAACAGACUGCAACAGUAACAUUUGCAGAUCUGUGCAAUAAUGUAAUGGGUGGAAAUGCUCAGUUACCAGCAGUGACUUCUGCUACUGCCUCACUGCCCACUAUCUUGCCUCUUGCUCCAACACCAAGCCCAAUGAGCCUAGGUUCUACAACAUCUAGCCUUAGCCCUCUUAGUUCUGUUUCCGUAUCUUCACCUCCUGCACCCCCUACACCCUCGCCGGCACUCACCAUCACACCAAGGCCUGCACCUCAGUCUUCUCCCAUUUCAACAGUGUCUUCACAUCGUUCUGAUGCACCAGGCAAAGAUAAGAACAGGAAGAAAUCAAAGUCCAAGUCGCAACCAAAGACAAGGACCAUUAAAUUCCAUGAAUACAAGGGUCCACCAAAUGCCCACAAGAGCACUGCUAUGAGUGCUGUGUCACCUGUUGAGACAUCAUAUGAAUUGCUACUCCAACAACAGCAACUGUUUCUUCAGUGGCAAUUAGAGUGGCAACAUAAGUAUCCACAGAUUAUCUUGCCAGCAGCACAGAAGCCAUUGUCUGUGAGCUCAGACUCUUUGAGUGGUGGCACUGCUGCAACAGCCACAUCCUUAUCAGGCCUGAUUGCAGUAGCAUCACCCCCUGCUGCGCACACACACACAGUGGCAAAUACUGUAACAAGUGCUGCGCCCACAGUCACUGUGGCAGCUCCCAGCUCAAAUACGAACACAGUAGUACCAGUUCCCUCUCCGGCGCCACUGCAGGCUCCACCAACGCCUCAGCAGGAGCAGCCACAACAGCAGACACUGCGCACCCUCACAAAACUGGAGGAUAUGAAAGUAAGUGACUUAAAGGCAGAGUUGAAGAAGAGGAAUUUGCCUGUAUCAGGGUCAAAGCCUCAGUUAAUAGAACGUCUGAAACCAUUCAGCGAUUCCUUGACUGGCUCAUCCCAACAACAGGACAGCCACGUGAUGUCUAUCACUAGCACGUCCGUCUUGAGUACCACUAACAGUACUACCACCACGACGGCAGCAGCAACCAUUCCAGUGACUCAGAUGGGUCACAUUCUCAUGGACACACCUGGCCCAGUCAUUAAUGAGGAGUCACUGUCAGGUCUUUCAAUGGAGACUCCAGUUUCCCCACCCACACAGCAGAUGGCCCUAGUGCAUGAUGGCUCUGGAGGGGAUGAUGAAGUGAGCUUGCCUACCUUCUCACCCAGCUCACAGCAUCAACAGCUGUCUCCUUUAUCACAGAAUAUGUCCCCAGACUCAGUUGGGAUUGCUGACCUUGACAUGGAUACAACAGAGGGCAGCUCUCUUACUGUGGGCUCACCAUCAGAGCAACAAGUUUCACCUCCACCUCCUUCACCCCAGCAACAGCCACAGAACCUGGUUAGCGAGGACAUUAUUCGUGAUCAGCAACGUAAGAUCGAGGAGCUGGAGCGUGAACUACUCAAGUCACAACUACAGUUGCAGCAGAUUCGCAACAGUAAGGAAUUAACUAACACUCAGCGGCUCAAACCACAGCCACAGCAGCAACUGGCCUUGGUAGCACCAUCUACCUCCUUGUCCAAUGGCGUUGUUAUUGAUCCAGCUUCUGCUACUGCUGUAACCACAUCAGCAGCCAUAGCAUCAAAACAGCAGAAGCUUAAACAGCACCUUGUACAAAAAAUCCAUCAACAGCAACUCCAAAUGCAGUUGCAACAACUUCAGACACUUCAUCAACAGCAGCAACAACAGAGGCAGCAGCAACAGCAACAUAUUGCAUUCCAGCAGCAACAGCAAGGUCUGAAUGCGAAGGCAAGUCUGGCAGCAUUCCUUCAGAGCCAGAGCCAGCAGCAGCAGAUAGCAAACUUGCUUCAGCAGCAACAGCAACAGUCAGCUGUCAACAACAAGAAUAAUAAUAAUAAUAAUAAUAAUAACAAUAAUAGUAAUAAUAAUAAGAGAAACAAUGCGAAGAGUAUUGUCCUGGGGCAACAGCAAGCAGCUAUUGUGCUGAACCAGUUAAACCUCCAGAAACAAAAGGCUUCUGUUCUGAAUGGUGUUUCUGGCCACCAGAGGACUUCAUCUUUACCAAAUUUCUUCGGCUCCUUUGUCACCCAGCAGCAGCAUUCAACAGGUAGCUCAAAAGAAGCAAGUCCAAGUGUUUCCUUGCCUCAGGGUGGCUCAGACCCACAGCAGUUCCUAGUCACAAAGCCACCUCCACAGUAUGAGGAAGCCACAAAGCAACUGAAGGUCAAACAGGAAGCAGACACGAACAGUUCAGGCAGUAAGAGCACCAGCUCCCGUCCAAAGAACGUGAAGAGCCAGAUAGUAGAUGACGUGUUGGAGAUUCUAAUCAAGAAUGGUGAGCUCCCACCUAGUGCGGCCCAGGAUCCUGCCACCCCAACCACACCAGGUCGUUCAAUGCCUCAGGGUCUCGUUUUCACCAGUUCUGCAGAUACCACAGAGAAUCCAACUCCAGCCACAUCUCCCGCUGUGCCUCCACCCCCACCUCCUCCCCCUCUUCCUCAUACAACUUUUGCCAUAACCCUACCUACUUCUAUCUCUGUAACCAGUCACGCCAACACCAACCCCUUUCACAUGCAAUUCUCUGGGUCAGACUCCUUGGACUUCAUCCUGGAUAAUGCUUCCAUUUCUGGAGACUGUCAGCAACAAGAAUCACAGAAUCACCCCCUGGUAGUGGGCACUGACUUGCAGGGACCACCCCCAGGCAUUGAUCUCAAAGAGCUUGGCUUGGACUUGGAGACGCUGGACCCCAUGGACUUCGGCCAGCUUGACUGUGGUGACCUUGGUGUGCCAGCUGUGAAGGUAGAACCAUCGGAUCUCUUGGAUCCUGUGACAGACAUGGAGAUAGGUGGGGUGGGAGGGGAGACAAGCACCUCUAAGUUAGGUGAACAUCAAGCGUGUGAGCUGAUGGACAUUGGUGAGAUGCCCAUGGACAUGGAUGAUGCUGACUGGCUGGAAUCAUUGAUGCCCCCUACAGAUGCUUCGACAGGUGGUAGUGGAGCUGAUGUAGAUGGCAGUACUUCUGUGAUGUUGUCUCCACAUCAGAGCUUGUUCCUUUCACCCUCUUCCAACCAAGGAAGUUCAUUUCAUUUCAGCCAUAACCAUCUUCAUAAUGGUCAUCACCAUGCUGAAUUGGAGUCAUAUGAUCCUUUGUUAUCAAACAGCCAAGACCCAUUUGAUCUCUUCAACAUUGAAGAAUCAGAGUUCAAAAUGGCCGGAGACCUAAAUGCAGCACUUGGCUGGGGCGACAGAGUUGAUUUUGCAACUUAGCAGACUUCUCCAUGGAGUAUGGACUCUUGUUCUUGGCUACGCUGAGCCUGUGCCUAACUGCAGCAAACUACAUCCAGUUCCAGAAACUCUGUAUAACAAAUCUUCAACCAUUUAAGAAACAAAGGGAAAAGAAGGAAACAUGACUUUAACAGAUUUGGUGCAAAGAUGCUUCUGUUACUAAGAAACAUAACCCACUAAUAUCUUUAUAAACUUAAAUCCGAAGCUUCAGGAUGAUGAAAAAAUUUGAAACUAUAAUUGUGACUGCAGAAUGAAACAUAAUUAAGUCUACAGGUGGCAGGGAGUUGUUGCUGAGUUAGGAGUUUGAAUGUGGUGCGGGGGAUACUCAGAACAAACCAAAGUGUUGUUAAGUUGUCCAUAAUUUGUAAGGUGCAGGAUCACUUUUACAUACCUUAUUUAUUAAUACUUGAGGUAUAUUCCAUAAGCACAUUUGCAGCUGAUGGCUAGAAUGUUGCUGUCAUUUUCAUUAUAUGAACUAGAUAGAAACAUUUUGUGAUGAAUAAGAACUCUGUUGUUGUUUAUGAAUUAAACAGUGCCUUAUUGUGUCUGGGGAAUGCAGAUAUGCCUAACUGCCUCUGUAAUCUCGAUAUCAGAGCCUCAGAAAUACAACUGGUAAUUUUAAUAUAUAAAAACAGGUGUAUAGGACCAUAAAGACAAAUGAAUUGAUCAACACAGAAUUGAAGGACCACUGCAUGCAAACUUAUGCUUAAUGAAACUGGCAUAAUGUUUGUGUAAUUAGACUGUAAACCAAACCGGGAGAUGAAAGGAAAUCUUAAACACAUUCAGCUUAAAAAAGUGAGACAUCCCACCAUAAUUGACUGCCGAGAAUGUAACUAUGUGUAUGGUUGACAUACUUCUACAUCGAAUAUAGCUGGCUGUCUGCAAACUUAACAUAUAGGAAUUAGGUAAGAUUUUUACUUUUCCAACUAAAACUUUAUGAAAAUCAAGUUUUUCAUUUACUGUUAUUGAAUCUAGUAAUUCAUAUGCUUCCUUAGGAUAGAAGCUUGCUGGCUUCGAUGCCUACUUUACAAGUCGUUCCUUGAUAUUUGCUGAAGUCUGUUAUUACUAUGAAUGUUACUGUAAUUAUUCCCUGGUACUUAACACAUUCAUAUUGCAGAAAUGCUUCCAGUUUUGGUGACGCCAUUACAUUAGCUGGUAGUGAAUGCAGAAGCUGGGGGGGGGUUGUGUGUGUGUGUGUGUGUAUGUGUAUGCAUGUAUGUUAAGUUGAAUCAUGGGAGUAGCAUUGGCCUUUCCCCAUGAAAUUGCAACACCUGUAAGCAGUUGUGUGUUUGUACAAAUUUUCGACAACUCAUAUGCUCAAUUUAUAAUUUUUUUUAUAUACACUUCAUGAAGAAACUAAUAGACUUCUGGUGCAUCCACAGAACUAAUGAAGUUGUGAACUAGGUUUUUGAAAUCUGUGGUAUAGAAGGUGUAACCUUUGGGUUGGGCUUUUAGUGGUUCUAUGCAGAUCUUGACCCUGUUAUAAAGAGUUGGGUUUGUUAUGCAAAAUUUUGACAACAUGGUUAGUGAACAGGGGGGAUAAUAGUAUCUAAAUGAAAAAUGAUACUGCUUGCGAAAUGUUUAAAUUGUGUGGUUUUUAAAGAAACAAAAAGAAAAAAAGAACAGUUUUUGCGUGCAGUUUAACCUAGGGAUGUGUGGCAGUGUAGAGUUUGCAUAUACAUAUAUAUAUAUAUCAUAUUUGUUGUGUUCUGUAAAUUUCUGCAGUUGUAUAAAAUAUAUAUAAAACACACACACUUAAGUUCUUUCAGUGAAGACAGUGGUCUUAUAACACAGAGAAUCGUAGUGAUAGAUUUUACCCACAGUUACUUUUUAAUAACAGUACAUAUUCCAUCGGGAAAUAGCUGGCACAUUGGUAGAUAUAUUAACAAAAUAGCAAUCCUGCAGACAAAAUUUGAGGUGAAACAUCAAUAAAAAGAUAUCAUUGUCCAGGAUGUUACCAUGUGACAUGGUACUCCAUUUUUUUCUGAUUUGUUUGUUUUAGUGACAUUCCAUGUAUGAAAAAAAAAAAAAAGCUUCCUAGAGGACCUGCUUCAUUCUUUUGUAAAUGUACUGUUGGACAGCCUGAUGACCUAUAUGUAGCCGCUCCGCAUAUUCAGAAGUACACAUUUCCGUUAUAAUUUCCAGAAUUAAUCAGUUCAGAGUUCUUGAAAACAUGAAGUAUUUUAAAAUUGAAAAUUUUUGUGUGCGUAUAUAUUUUUCUUUAUUGAACAUAAAAUGCAUAAAGGUAUAGCAUUUAAGAUUUUUAUUGUAAAUUAUAAAUAAACUACUCCAAGUUACUUAUAUUGUUGUUAUGCUGAUGAACACAGUGUUGUACAUAACUAUCAUAUUUUUCAGAGCUGUAGCUUUGUUUGCUUGCUGUGUGCUACAAAAAAAAAAUAUGACUUGUUGAUCACCAUUAUACAUUCCAAGUAGAACCAUAUGGAACCACAUGUUAACAGUGGCAGAACAGUGCAUGUUUCAAGGCAGGGAAUCUUGUAAUCUAAUUCUGAAAGUAGUGCUGCUCUGUUUCCAAUUGAAAUGUUUCGUAGUAAAAAUACAAAAAAAAAUUCAACACAGAUUCCAUCACAAGCAUGUGAAAUUUGAGGUGUUCAUCAUGGUGACUAUGAUGAGUACAAGUCUUGUGAGAUGUGUCAUCAUGUAGUCUGAGAGAUGUUUACCAACAUUUUGCGGGAACUGACUGCAUGCAAGCCACAAGCACUCUACCAGCUCUUCAGCCCUAAAUAUGGAGGUAGUAUGUCCCUCUGUAAUGUUGGUAAUCUGCCAGACUGCAUGAUGACAUAUCCCAUAUGAGAGUACUUUCUAUCACAAGCUAUUCACACUGUUCAUACAUAUAAUUAAAAUUGAUAUAGCAGGAAUUUGUUUCUCACCAUGUGCAACCUGUACUUGGGUCCACUCUGUAUACCUAUGAAGUGUAUUCCAGGGAAUCUUUCUUCAGAUGUAAAAUGGCCAGAGGAUUAUGCUAACCACUCCCCUAAGUUAAGGUCAAGAUUUCAUACCCCCACAUAACCUACAUGUCUUCAUGGGUUCGUGAUUAAACUUGGAUACUUCAUUUUGUUAGCCAUGCCAUAAUUUAAGUGAUAAGAUGCUGGCUUCUCAGUGUGUAACCUCAUGUUCUGUCUCAAAUGUCUUCCUGUGAAAUUUGUGGUGUUGGAGAAAGUUUUUCUCCAAGAUUCUUCAGUUUACUCCUGCUAUCAUCAUUCCAUCAUUGCUCCAUAUUCAUCUAUCUGUAUCCCCUGAGGUGUGUGACGGCCGUUACCAGGCAGCACAUUAUCACAGCCUUGGUCUAUAAGUGUGGGGCUUCGUCUCUGGCUCAGAACUUGGCUGGACAAAUGGAAUCAUUGAAAGAUGAGUAUUUUAUGCUACAGUGAUACAUACAUAUGAUACGUACUAGAUUUAUCAUUACAAAUAAAUUAUUUUUUUGCUGUAAGAAUACUCAGCUCUUUUCCUCUAUAAAUAUUUCUCAUAAACAUCCUCUCUCAGUUUUGGACCCACUUCAGACGUUGAAAGACCUCUUGAUUUGUGCAUUUUUUAAGUUCUGUAUUAACUUGCUUUUAUUUUCAUUUUAUGGGAAGGAUUCUGAUAUAUAAAUUUCAAUUAAUCAGACAGGCAUUUAGUAAGUUAUUUAAUGUGACAACAUACAGUAAUUAUUGAGGGACAAGAUAACAUAUGAAGGUGGCUGUAUGUUGCACCGUUACCACACUGCAGGCAAUAUAGUAUGAGAGUUAUCCAGAAUGUAAGUACUGAUGGGCUAUUGAAAAAAAAAAACAAACAAGAAUUUAUUUCCAAACAAUUUGUAUUGCUAUUUGAUGUACAUACCGUUCACUACUUUUCGACAUAGUUUCCACCAAUGUGGAGGCACUUUUCAUAUCGGGGCACCAGUUUUUGUAUCUCUGCAUUGUAGAAUGAUGCCACCUAUGAUGGAAGCCACAUGUUAACGGUUUCUUUGACCUCAUCAUUGUUGUGGAACCGCCAGCCACCAAAGAAAGUUCUCAGAUGCAGGAACACAUUAAAAUCACUUGGCGCUAAGCCUGGGCUGUAGGGGGAUGAUCGAAUUGUUCCCAGCCAAAUGUCACAAUGAGAUAUUGCAUGGUGGUAGCAGUGUAUAGGUGGGCAUUUUCGUGAAGCAUCACAACACUCUGACUGAGCAUGCCAUGUUAUUUGUUCUGAAUGACAUGACACAGUUUCAUAGACACCUGCAUUGAUUGUUGAGUCUUGAGGCAAGAAUUCCACAAGGAGAACGUGUUUUCUGCCCAAAACACUGUGCCCAUGAUCUUGUGAGUUGAAAUGGUCUGCUUGAAUUUUUUUCUGUAUUGGUGAUGGUGUGUGCAUCCACUCCAUGGACUGCUGCUUUGAUUCAGGGGUUACGUGUGACACCCAUGCCUUGUCUUCUGUGACUGCAGCUCAAGAAGUCAUUGCCUUGCUUGCUGUAUCACACUGGCCUGCUGUUUCAUUUUGUGUUCUUCUGUAAGCAUCUUCUGCAUCCAGCGUGAACACAAUUUCCAAAAAUGAAGUUUAUCAGAUACAGUUUCAUGAAAAACUGACCGUGAAAUUUGUGGAAAAUUCAGGGAAAGUGCCGAAAUGGUGAAUCGUCUGUUGCAUUGAAUCCUCUCUUCCACUGCACCCACAAAAUCUUCAUUAACCACAGAGUGUCAGCCACUCUGCAGAUCAUCGUGCACAUUCUUGUGCCCUUCAUUGAAGUGUCUCACCCAUCUCCAUACUGAUGUAUCACUCGUGGCAUGUUCUCCAUACACAUUACAAAGUUAACGAUGAAUGUCAGCCGGUUUCGUGUUUCUUGUAUUGAAGAAAUGGCUUACAGACUGCAUUUCACAUGUGGUGGGCUUCUCAAUUUUCUUGAUCAUUGUAAACACACAGGAUGAUGCAUAAAUGCUAUCUGAUUAUCUGCAGAUGGCGUCCUUGCCUUCCCAGAGAACCAACAAACUCUGAACGCAUGUGCACCAUUGUGACCACAGCACUGCAGCAGCAGUAUUUACAAACGGAAUUUAUUUUGUGGAUAUGUCUCGUAUAUAACCUUUAUGUAUGCUACAUACAGUAUUCAUUACAUAGGCUACAUGUUUUGAUCUAGAUGUUCAUCACCAGACCUCAUAUUCUUUUAUCUCACAAACUGUCCUUUUCACAGGAUAAGGGAAUAUGAGACUCAGUGCUGACUAUAUGGGUCAAGCAUGUAGCAUGCAAGUAAUGGACACCACAUGCAGCUGUAGUAAAGUUCAUGUACAGCACUGACUUGUGUGGUGUGUGAUAUCAAAACCACAGUAUGAUAGAGAAUGGUAUUUCACAUUUAAGUGAAGGAGUCUGUGUAUAUCAACACAUUUUCCCAUUACUACAGAAGUUCAUUGGGAAAAUGUAUAAACAUACUUCUCAUAUAUUCAGAUGAUUGGUGAGAGAAGAGUUAUAUAUGUUUAUAAAAACACCCAGACACAAGAGUAACGAUAGUUUUACUGGUUUUUAUAUAGUUUCCAAAAUUCAACCAGAGUUGGGUUAAAUUUGAUUGUUUGCUCAUUAUUGCCAUUUAUAGUUCUCAACGGAUCCAGAAUGAAAUAUAUAACACACAAAAUUAUAAUUUGUCUAUACAGAACAUUUUUGUACCUGAAGAAGGAGAGCAGUUUCACAUCUCCACCUGAGGAAUGGAAACAGACUUCAUUUUAUGUCAUUUUGAUGUAUGCUUUUUGAUGUUUUUGGACUUUUGUCAGAUUUUAGAUCUUAAUGGCCUGCAAGAUGUAAAAUUUUAUGGAAUGAACUGUAAUUUUAUGUUCAUUCAUUAACAUUUAUUAAAACAUAAUACUAUAUAAAGCAAAUUUUUAUUACUACGAAUUCAUACAUUAUAUCUUAUCAUUCCUGAUUUGCAUUGCUUCAUUUCUUCUUCAUAGAACUGGUGAGCAGACAUGGAAAGGUUGUCAGAAACUAUGUGGUUUAUAUUUAGGAUUUAAGUAAGUUGAAGAUAUGUGAUUUGCAAAUUAGAAUUAUGAGUGCCAUGGGAUAGUGUUUCUUGCAUUACUCCGAAGAAUCAAUUGUCUCGUGUUAAAGUGACUUUGGAUACUUAAAGGUCUUUCUGACUUUGCAGUAAUAAAGUUAAACAAAUUAUGUGAACAGAUGAAAUAAGCUUUCUUAGCAGGGAUUUAAUUUAUGGAUUUUUUAAUUUCAGAAACUAAAUUCUGCUGUGUGAUACAAUAAUGGUUGGAUCUGCUUCAGAAUUGAACAUGAAAUAAGUUCUGUUUAUAAAGCAGGUGGUAAAUGAGCAUACUUUCGUUGUGGAAUACCUUAUGCAGUAAUGGCUCCAAACAUACAUUUAUGCUCGUAUUAUAUAUUUUUACAAUUUCUCCUUUGGUCAUCAGCCUGUCCACUGCACAAGUUGGUGGUGGUGGUGUUAUUGUGUUGUUUUGUCGCAUAUUUGAACACGUUUCUUUCUUUUCGUCCACUGUUAAGGAAUCAGAAAUAAAGAACUUAACUUUUUUCUCCUGUGUGCAGGACAUGCUGGACACAACAUCACUAUUGAUGGCGGAUGACAUAUAUUUUACCUAUAAGCACAGCUUUUCAUCAAAACGCAUCCAAAUUGGAAUGGGUUUUUUUAAUUCUGCUGUUAGGUGCAGUUGGUAUCAUUCUUUCCCCAUUCCAAUUUAGAACUGGGCUCAGUUAAUCCUGAAUCAGAGCUUGGGGCUCAUAAUUUCACAAGUUCAAUAAAAUGAAAAUUCUUCUAUGCUUCUACUUGCUCAGAUUAAACCAGCUUAUAAAUAUUUCCGGAAGGAGUUUAUAUACUUCUAGCUGUAAUUUAAAAUAUUUUAACAAAUAGUUAUGUUGUGUGUCCUUUUAUUGAACUUCCCAUGACCGCUUUUGAGAUCGGGACCAUUGAAGACAAACCUAGGAGAGAGAGAAAAUAUGUGAGAUUUAAAAGAAUGUGAACAAAUUUGAUGAGUAAAAAUAGGUGAAAAAAAAUGAAUACAUUUGUGAAUACAUCUAGAUUGAUGAAGUGGCAUUUUUAUUUGCAUAUGAAGAGAUUUUAAUUUGCAUGGCAGUCAAAUCCCACUUGGAGUGUAAGCUUGUUGUUGCUUUAAAAACAUAUCCUUUUAAUUUUUUUAUUUUGGCCAAUAUAUAUGUAUAUGUGUAUAUAUGUAUAUAUAUUUGCCAUGCAUAAAUUUGUGUUUGAUGAAUUUUGUUAAGGAGAAUUGAUAUCUUCCUUUGUACAAUCAUUGUAAAGGUGUGCCCUAAUGUAAAUAUAAUAAGAUUGAAAAAACUGACCCAUGUAAUUUGGGUCGAAAGUGGUGAAAUGAAUAAAUUCAAAUAUAUAUUC